AUCCCUGUCACAGAGAAGAGAUUAGCUGGAGUGAAAACAUUUCCCUGUAGCCACAGCAAUGGAGCCAACUCCUCUCCUCCUGCUCCUCAGCCUGGGCUGGACUUGCAGCGGCCGGCUGACCGUGCUGCCCCAGGAACCGCUAGUCCAGAUUGGAGGAUCCAUUCAGUUGAACUGCUCCUUGGACUGUCCGGAUGGGACGCCCCAGUGGAAGGGGCUGGACACCAACCUGGGGAACAUCAUCUCCACCCCCACCUAUAGCCUCCUGCUCAUCACCAAUGCUGCCGUAGCCAUGGAGGGCACGAAGUUCUGCGUGGGGAACUGCCAAGGGAAGUCCCACCAGGGGUCGACCAACCUGCAAGUGUACUCUGGUAUCCUGACACUGACCAAGGCAGAAUGUUUAGAGGAAGAACUGACUUCUGCAGCGAGCCCCACCGCAGAACUGACUUCUGCAGAGAGCCCCACCACAGAGUUCAUUGUCACAUCGCACAAGCCCAGUGCCAAAGCCACCUCUGUCCACUGGCUGGUGACCACAGAGACCCUCGCCACCGAGUCCAGGGCUGCCUCACAGCACCCCAGUGCAGGCACAGUCACAACAGACUGGAGCCCCAGCAGUGCCUCGAGUUCUGCUACAGAGAACCCCACCACAGGGGAUGUGGCUAGCACAGAGAACCCUCUGACCAAGAAAGCCACUAGUGACAGGAGCCCCAGAACAGAGUCUGUCUGCAACCUUCAGAUCAGGCCUGUCCCUCCUAAAGGGACCACCGGGGAAGCCCUGAAGAUCAUAUGCGAGGCAGAGUGCGGUGAGAAUGUUACCAUCAGGUGGCUGAAAACCCCUGUGGUGCUCUCUCAGUACCAGGAGGAGGCGUCUGAGGGCAAAUCCACCCUGACUGUUGACCGUGUAGGUCUCGACCACCAAGGGAUCUAUGAGUGCAUCAUGCUGAGCAGGAGACUCCAGGUGGCGAGACUCCACAUCGCUGUGUCUGCUGCUAUCUUCAGCACCGACUCCGCCAUCGUGGUCGGGACGGCAAGCUCUCUCCUGGGCCUGAUAGUGACAGCAUUUGCGUCACAUCGCCUGUGGCGACGACUCCACCCACCGGGCAUGAAGAGCCCUAAGGGGAACAGCGUUUAGGUGCCUGUGGCCCCAUCGUGACUCGUUUUGAACAUUCAUCCUCUUUCCACUGACCAGCUUGCCCGUUGUUCUGGAAAGCUUGGUAUUCGAGCCAGCCAGGCCCCUCGGACUGCACCUGGCCAGAGACGGGAGUGGAGGAGCUGCCUGAUGCUUGGGCCGCUGCUGGGAGAGCUGGGUAAAUGGUCAAGCUGGAAGCUGCCCAGCAGAGCUGAGCAGACCUUUGGGUUGACCAGUCUCUUUCCUUUCCUCCACUUCACUCCUUAGCAUCAUGGUUUCCUCUGGUUUCAAGUGCAGUGGGAGCAUUUUGCUCCAAAGUCCAGGCAGGUGCUGAGACUUGGAUCCUACAGACACACCUGUGGGACUCAGACAAGAGCUUCCCAAUGGAGAUGAACAGGUCACAGGUGUCAGGGUACGGCAGUUUCUAAACCAGACCAAUGGAUUUUCCCUUCACGGUAUAUUGAAAACUCUCUCCUUGCUUGAGGCUUCCGGCUGAGGAGAUGCCAGUAAUAUUUCCUGUAGGAGUGGUUUGAAAUCCCUGAUCCUUUCUGGAUUCGCCACGGUUGUUUUCAUGGUGGCUUAUUUCAGAACUCUCUGGGGUCAUGGUUGCUCCUGUUUUUGUUCCCAAGUAUGUUGGGUAUUUCCAGUGCGGGUG